AUGAUUUCGCUUCCUACUCACCGCAGGACGGGGACAACAAUGCUUCGCAGGACGCCACUGCUGUUGACAGUGCUGUUCGCGGUCAUUGUGGUGUACUAUAGCUUACCAUUUGGAGUGCCUUCAGGUCGAGCGGAACAGGUGCCGCUGAAAUACCAUGGCCCGGCGUGGAAUGGCACAGGCGGCUCGAUCAUGGGCUUCACGCCGCCUCUGCGCACAGCCGGAAGGCAUAUCGUGGAUGCUAAUGGCAUGAGGGUGAAGCUCGCGUCCGUCAAUUGGUACGGAGCGAGCGACAUCUACUUCGUCCCCGGGGGCUUGGACUACCGCCACCGAGACGAGAUCGCGGCGACGAUACGGAGGAUGGGCUUCAACUCAGUCCGCUUCCCGUACUCCGAUCAGAUGGUCAUUGACAAUCCCGUUGUCGCGCCCGAGGACAUUUCCGCAAAUCUGGAUCUCCUGGACGGCUACAACCUCAGUCAUGGAGACAACCCACGACGUUCCGACGAGCUACAAGGACCACGAGCGAUAGAUGUCUUCAACGCUUGUGUGAAAGCGAUGACCGACGCGGGCCUCGCAGUCAUUAUCAACGACCACAUCACCAACGCCCACUGGUGCGAUGGCAAGAAUCUCUGCGACUCUAGCUGGAAAAAUGACCACCUAGGACCCAUCUGCAAGAUCAAGCAGACCACGCAGACAUGGAUCGAUCACUGGAAAACCAUCAUGGAGCCUUUUAUUGAAAACCCACUCGUGAUUGGUGCCGACUUACGCAACGAGCCGCGCGGACUUUGGGGGACUAUGCACUGGAAUUCUUGGGCCGCCGCAGCUGAGAAAGCCAGCGAAGCCUUGCUGAAACUCCAGCCAAACUGGCUCAUGUUUGUCGAGGGCAUCUCCUCAGCAAACGACUGCUCGGGAGCUCGCACAAGGCCCGUGAAACUCUCGAUCCCGGACCGUGUAGUCUACAGCAGCCACGUAUACAUGUGGUCGGGCUGGUCUACACUGGUCCCCUACGGAAAACGACCAUACCCCUCAUUCGCACGGGACAUGGAGCGAAACUGGGGCUAUCUGUUGCGCGAAAACAUCGCCCCCGUGUGGGUCGGCGAAUUCGGUGCGCCGCAUAUCGGCAACGAUCAAGACCACCACUACUGGAAGAAUCUGAUGAAGAUCCUCGAGGAGACGGACGCAGACUAUGGAUAUUGGGCUUUGAAUCCGAGAAAGCCCGAGAAUUACGACAACGAGACGUAUGGGCUUCUGGCGGAUGAUUGGGAGACGGUGAUUGAUGAUUGGAGAUUUGCGGACCUGAGACGGCUGAUGUUGCCUUUGGGUUGA